AUGGCUUCCGAAGGCUCUAAGGAUUUGCCUAUCCGGCCCUCUGCGGAGGCUCAAGACACUCAACCUGCUUCUGCCCAAGCCCCGCCAAACGCUGCCAAAGCCGCUGCAUCGAGUGCCGAUUCGCUCCCCGACUUCAUUAUCGAGCGCAACAACCUUUUCGAAGAGCUAUGGCAACAAUAUCUCGAGGAAACCAAGAACAAGCCCCACCCCGAAAUCAAUGUUACCCUCGAUAUUGGUAACGGCAGUCCCUCCACCAUCACUGCCAAAGCCUGGGAGACCACCCCCGCUUUGCUUCUUCGGGACGUGCCUAAGGAAGUCAGCGCCAAUGUUGUCCUCGCGAGAGUUGGAAAGGAGCUCUGGGACUUAAGCCGUCCUUUGGAAGGCGACUGCACGGUCUCCUUUGUCCCAUUCGACAACCCAGAGGGUAGGGAGGUUUUCUGGCACUCCAGUGCGCACUGCCUUGGUGAAGCUUGCGAGUGCGAAUAUGGAUGUCUCCUUUCUCAUGGACCGCCCACUCCCCAAGGUUUCUUCUACGACAUGGCAAUGCCCGAUAACCGUGUCGUCAAAGAAACCGAUUGGAAGGCCCUCGACACCAAAGCGUCCCGGAUAUUUAAGGAGAAGCAGAGUUUCGAUCGGUUGGAGGUCACGAAGGAGAACCUCAGAAAGAUGUUUUCCUACAGCAAAUACAAGCUGCACUACAUUGAUAAGCUGGUGACUGGAGAGAAGAGUACCGUGUACAGAUGCGGUACUUUGGUAGACCUGUGCAGAGGUCCCCACAUUCAGAACACUGGAAAGGUCAAGACCUUCAAGAUUAUGCAGAACUCUUCCGCAUAUUUCCUCGGCGACCAGAGCAACGACUCUUUGCAACGUAUUCGUGGAGUUGCAUUCCCCGACAAGAAGCAGAUGUCAGAACACCUGAAGUUCUUGGAGGAGGCAGAGAAGCGCAACCACUUGAGGAUUGGAAAGGAGCAAGAGCUGUUCUUCUUUGAUGAGGUUUCCCCUGGAUGUCCUUUCCUCCUCCCCAAUGGAACCAAGAUUUUCAAUGCUCUCCAGUCCCUUCUGCGAACAGAAUACCGCAAGCGUGGCUACCAAGAGGUUCAGACCCCCAACAUGUACGAUGUGGGCAUCUGGAAGACCUCUGGUCACUGGGCUCACUACGGAGAUGAUAUGUUCAAGCUCGAUGUCGAGAAGAGAGAGUGGGCUCUCAAGCCCAUGAACUGCCCCGGACAUUUCGUACUCUUCGGUCACCGGGAGAGGAGUUACCGUGAACUUCCUUUGAGACUUGCGGACUUCGGUGUCUUGCACAGAAACGAAGCGUCGGGCGCCCUGAGCGGUCUGACUCGUGUGCGAAAGUUCCAGCAAGAUGACACCCACAUCUUCUGUACCCAGGACCAGAUCAUUUCGGAGAUUGAAGGUCUGUUUGACUUCUUGAAGUCCAUCUACGGUCUUUUUGGCUUCACCUUUAAGUUGAAGCUCUCUACACGCCCUGAGAAUUACCUUGGUGAACUAGCAACCUGGGACUACGCCGAGGAACAGCUCAAGGCUGCCAUGACCAAGUUCAUGGGCAAUGACUGGACCAUUGACGAGGGUGACGGUGCGUUCUACGGACCGAAGAUUGACAUCACCAUUGCCGAUGCCCUCAAGAGAGAGUUCCAGUGUGCCACCAUCCAACUCGACUACCAGGCGCCCAUCAACUUCAAGCUCGAGUACAUGACAAACGAGAAGAGUCAGGCUCCUGCCAUGAAGGAGGGUGAUGCCAAGUCCAAUGAGCCGAGCCCUGGCCACGCCCGUCCCGUUGUCAUUCACCGCGCUAUCAUUGGUAGCUUCGAGCGAUUCCUGGGUAUUUUGAUUGAGCACUUUGGUGGCAAGUGGCCAUUCUGGAUCAGCCCUCGUCAGAUCCUGAUUGUGCCUGUCAUGCCUGCUGUGAACGACUACGUCGAGGAGCUUCAGCAGAUUCUGCGUGGUGACAAGAUGAAUGUUGACAUUGACAUUAGCGGUAACACUAUGCAGAAGAAGAUCCGUACUGGACAAUUGGCGCAGUACAACUUCAUUUUCGUUGUUGGUGCUUCGGAGAAGGAAUCUCGCUCCGUUAACAUCCGUAACCGAGACGACCCGGCCACGCAGAAACAGGGCAUCAUGAUUCCCCUUGAGGAGGCACGCACCAAGCUGCGGGCUCUGAGAAAGGAGCGGAAACUGGUGAACUCGCUUUAA